CCGUGGCAGCAGGUCCUAGCAGUUUAGGCUAAAACUGAACAGCUUUUCUUCCCAGGGCUUCGGAGCUCACGUCGUUUUUACGAACUAGAGGAGUUCUGAACUCCUCAGAUGCUUGGUAGGGAGGCUGUCCCUCUUGGAGAGUGGCAGUCACUCUGGAACAGUUAAUUAAUUAUGUUGUACAAGCUUGAGGGACGCUCUCCUUGCCAGAAUGGGCAGAUUGGAUCAACAACCAACAUUUGCAGUGAGGAGACUUGACCGAUUUCAAGUUAGUGCUAGAGUAAGAAGAUAAACUAUAGUAAGCAAUAAAAUCAACACAAUUAAGUCUGAUAGAUGAAAUGAGUUUCGUUGUUGAACACUAAUACAAGGAUUGUGUUAGGGUAGUGAUGAAAUUUUAUAAUAGUUUCCAAAAUAAUUACGAAAACCAGACAAAACUUGCUAAACUGUAAGACUGAAUGAUGUUAACAUUGGAUAGCAAGACCUUUUUAUCUUCAUAAAGAGGCUUUUAACUUGGUCAGGUUCUGCAGUCUACUUGAGGAAAGUAUAUUUUUUAAAAAAUCAUGUUUUAGCACUGUCUUUUAAUGCUACCAUGAAUGAGUCUUAAAUCUGGAUCUGUAAUUAAGGUACUCGCUUCAUUCAAACAGAGUAAUUCCUUUGGUGUUUCGCACAUUCCCCUUCAAGUACAGCAGAUACCAAAAGUCUGUUAAUUAACAAAGGUGGUUGAAAGGUGAAAUAAAAUGCUCCUUAGUGUUUCUGGUUUGGAAAUAACAAGACAAAGCUAUUCUGAAGUAUUUAACAUUUGAAUGUAAAAGCCAAAUCUUUAUCCAUGAGUCACUGUAAAUUCUCUGAUCUGAUAAUGUCAAACUGUGUCUAAAUUGAUAGAAAUGACAUUUAAAAAUUCAAAAUAAACUUAAAUUUUCAUUUAAAGGAUUUGUUUGUUAUUUUAAGAACUCUUCCUGGGAAUUCAUCUUUAGUCUGCAGGGGCAAAGUGAUGAAGGCAGCAAAAUGGGUGAGUUGGAUUUCCCUGUCAAACACUGGACAGGAGAGGAGAGGCAACACCUGAAUUACCUAAUUUGUCUUAAUAUUAGAUAUUGAUGAUUUCUGCUUAACGUUAUUACCCUCUUCUUCCCCUCUCUCUUUAUGCAUGCUUAAAUGAUUGGAGGACAUUUCCGUUCCUGUUGAGAUUGAUUGAUCCAUGUUUACAGUUCAUGGAUUGGAGCCACCCUUGCAGGUCUGCAGUCUCAAAGAGCAAAGCUGUGAGACACCAGUGAGUGAAAUGAUUUCUCUGGAUAACAUUUGGCUGAAGGAUGUUGUAGUCCCCUAAAGUAAAAAGUUCUGGUCACUUUAGGAGCCACAGGUGUGCUGUUCUACACAUUAAAAAGCAGUCACCAGGUAUUCAUGGUGUCCCCCCAUCUUCACUGGUGACAGGGCUGUUGAGAGGACAGAACCUGGCCUGUCUUGUCAGGCAGUAACUCGGCUCCAAAACCGCAAUUAUCCUUUGACAGAAAGUGGUGCUAAAGUAACUCCUGGCCUGAGUGCUCCUGAAAUGGAUCUUCCAGCCUAGUUUUGCUCCAGAGGAACCCAGUUCCCUCCUUGGAGGUCACUCAGCAAUCCCAUCAAGCCUGGUGCCCCUGGUUGACAAAAGCCAUCUCCCCAGCCAUCCCAGUAUACAAUGGGCUCGUGUUCUUGUUUGUACUGGCAAACUUCAGCAUGGCAACCUUCAUGGACCCUGGAGUAUUCCCCCGAGCAGAUGAAGAUGAGGACAAGGACGACGACUUCCGAGCGCCGCUCUACAAGAACGUGGAGAUCAAAGGGAUCCAAGUACGGAUGAAGUGGUGUGCGACCUGCCACUUCUACCGCCCGCCCCGCUGCUCCCACUGCAGCGUCUGUGACAACUGCGUGGAGGACUUUGACCAUCACUGCCCAUGGGUCAACAACUGCAUAGGACGGAGGAACUACCGCUAUUUUUUCCUCUUCUUGCUGUCCCUGAGCACUCACAUGGUGGGAGUGUUCACCUUUGGGCUCAUCUUCGUGCUGAACCACCUGGAAAGGCUGGGAGCAGCCCACACCACCAUCACGAUGGCUGUCAUGUGUGUGGCUGGGCUGUUCUUCAUUCCAGUCAUUGGCCUCACUGGCUUCCACAUCGUUCUGGUGGCCCGAGGGCGCACAACCAAUGAGCAGGUGACCGGUAAAUUCCGCGGGGGAGUGAAUCCCUUCACGCGGGGAUGCUGUGGGAACGUGGAACACGUGCUCUGCAGCCCCCUGGCUCCCAGGUACGUGGUGGAGCCCAAGAAGAAGCAGGCUGUGAGUGUGAAGCCUCCUUUCCUCAGGCCUGAGUUAUCUGAGCGACAGAUCACAGUGAAGAUCAGCGACAACGGGAUCCAGGCCAACCUCAACAGGAGCAAGUCUAAAAUUAGCCUGGAAGGUCUGGAGGAUAAAAGUAUGGAGGGCCAACCACCUCUCCCACCCAAAGGAGAUCCAAGCAAGUACUCGGAGCUGAAAGGGCAGCUGGGUGCCAGUGAAGAAGGUGGCCUUUCACCCAAACUGAUCAGCCCCCCCACUCCUGCCAUGUACAAGUAUCGACCAGCUUUCAGCAACAACCCCAAAGUUCACUACCACGCCACGGCCGAGCAGAUCACCCUGCAGGAGGGACACAGCCAAGGGGCUUUGAUAGAAGAGGAUGGCAGGAGCCUUGAUUACCAGUCCGAACCCAGCUUGGACAUCCCCAGCUACCGGAAGAGCUCCCUGCACAAGACCUAUCAGUCUUCCCCACUGCAGAUAGAUUCCUUUGCCAUCAAUUCACGAUCCCUCAGCCUGAAAUCCGCUGGCAGGAGAGGGACAGACAAAGUGCCCCUCCAUCCCAUAAAGUCUGAAGGGGCGGCCUCCACCCCUUACAAAAGCAUCUUUUCUCCCAAUUCCCUGUCCAACAGGAACGGGAGCCUCUCCUAUGACAGUUUGCUGAACCCCAUGUCGCCCUCGGGGAGGAAGUGCGUGGCCCACUCCGCAGUGAGCUCUGUGGGGUACCACUCCCCGUACCUGUCAGCCAAAAUGUGCCACCUGCGGGGCAGCGAGCUGCAGCGCCCGCCGCCCCAGAGCUUCAGCCCCGUGCUGGGGGCGCCCGCCCCGCACCAGCGGGACCCGUCCCCGGUGCGCUACGAUAACCUCUCCAAGACCAUCAUGGCCUCCAUCCAGGAGAGGAAGGAGAUGGAAGAGAGGGAGAAGCUCCUGCACUCGCACCCCGACUCGGUGUUUGCAGACUCGGGGGUCUACGACACGCCCAGCUCGUACAGCCUGCAGCAGGUCAGCACGCUCUCCGAGGACCCGCGCGUGGCCAUCAGAUACGGCUCCAGGGACAACCUGAUGGCUGCCACCAGCUUUAGCACAAGGAACCCUAUGCUGCAGUCCUCGGUGUCUUCGCUCUCAAGUGCAAUGACGAGAGCACCAAGGACUUCCACAACCUCUCUGCAAGCUGAUUUAGCCAAUAAUAACGUGCAGUCCCAUCAGGCGCUGCAGGGCAGGGUGAGCAAUGGCUCCUACAAAUCCCCGGGCCACCAGGUCCCGUCGUCCCCCACAGGGAUGCCCAGGUCGCCCUCCUACGGAGGCCCGAAGGCUGUCUCGUUUGUAAACACUGUGGAAAUCACAGAGGUGCAAGCAGUGGGAGCACAGAGGGAUGACGUGCAGCUGAAGACACCUCACAGUAAAAUCAAUGGACAGCCAAAAGGAAUAGUCAGGUUGGGCUCAACGUCGAGUUCCCAGGGGACGCCUGUCAGCCCUGCCAGACACUCAAAUGUUAAGAAGGUGUCUGGAGUUGGUGGAACAACCUAUGAAAUUUCAGUGUAAAAUAAAAUUAGUUAAAAACAAAGAGCCAUCCACUCAGCCAGCCAUGAAGCAAGGAGCACUGUGAAGACUCAAACACCAACAAAGAAGGAGCAGCAGCGGCCGGCCACUCUCCUUUUCUUGUUUUGGGUUUGUUCUGUUUUCAUCUUUUCUCUUUUGGCCAAAAACCAGCUGCAGCCUUAUUCUUGAGGGAAUAAAAUUGUACAGUCUAUCAGACUCUUCCUGAAGAGGGAAGGGAACUGGCGGGAACUGGCUACGACCUCACACCCCAGCCCUG